GAAUUCCAUCAGACACCCCUUUUAACAUCUGUGAACUUCCGCAUUCCGGAAGUUUGUAAAAUCAUAUCCAGCUGGUUUUUGAUGCAGAGGGAAAUAGGCGGAACAGGGAGGAAAAAUAGGCGGAGGGUUUAAAGGGGACCUCUGCAUUGUUGCAUUUGUUUGGAUAAACAGUCGACUGACAUGCACAGUUAUUUCACCUAGAAGCUCAACAGCACAGUUCAUUGAUAACAUCACACACUGGAUUUAUCUUUGUCUGAGGGAGAAGUCACAGAGAGCGUGAGGAUUCAGAGGAGCUGAGUGAUGGGGUCAUAUCCAGCGCUGGCAUUCAUCCUGCUGUUUGUAGCUACUCUGUCCUCAAGUUGUGAUGGUGGAAAGGUGCUGGUUUACCCCAUUGAUGGGAGCCACUGGCUUAAUAUGAAAAUCCUGGUGGAAGCCCUUCAUUCCCAGGGCCAUCAAAUCACGGUACUGCGUUCCUCCACUAGUUGGUACGUUUCCGAGGUCUCACCCCAUUACACCUCCAUCACCAUCCCCCAGGAACAGUCCCAACACAUAGAGAGCCAAGACUUCAUGACUUCUUUCUUGAAGAGGUCAUUAGAGAUACGUCGGAAUAGAGGGUCACUAUGGGCAUUUUUUGAGUUUUAUGAGAAUCUUUUCAACAUGAUAGGGGACAACCAGCAAGUAGUUGCGAAACUGGUCGUCAGUAUCUUUGAGAACAAGACACUAAUUAAGGAGCUGAAGGAAACUGGAUAUGAUGUGUGCCUGACUGACCCUGCAUUUCCAGGUGGAGUGUUGGUGGCACAUUAUCUCAAGCUUCCCAUGGUUUUCAAUGUGCGCUGGAUUUUUAACGGGGAUGCCCACUUUGCCAUCGCUCCUUCUCCUCUGUCCUACGUCCCCCAAUUGUUCUCCGACAGCUCUGACAAGAUGGACUUUUUCCAAAGACUCAAAAAUGCAAUGUAUCACAGCAUAUUGGUUUACAUGCUCCAUUAUGUCUCAAGUCCACCUUACCAGGCUGUGUGUGAUCGCUAUUUUGGACCUGAUGUUAGUGUGAUGUCUCUCAUGCAAGGAGCUGAUAUCUGGCUAAUGCGGGUUGACUUUACAUUCGAGUUCCCUCGUCCCACCAUGCCCAAUGUUGUCUAUAUUGGAGGCUUCCAGGGUAAGCCCUCCAAGCCUCUCCAACCGGAUUUAGAGGAAUUUAUUGAGAGCUCUGGUGAACAUGGGGUAGUCAUCAUGACCAUGGGGACCCUACUGAGUGACCUCGGCCCUGAGAUAUCAGAGAUCAUUGCCUCAGCAUUUGCCAACCUCCCUCAGAAGGUCGUGUGGAGACACCUCGGAAAAAGACCUACAACUCUGGGAAAUAACACCCUGCUGGUUGAUUGGAUGCCUCAAAAUGACCUACUAGGUCACCCUAAAACCAAGGUAUUUGUCACACAUGGGGGUACUAAUGGAAUUUACGAGGCCAUCAACCACGGUGUCCCAAUUUUGGGCAUUCCUCUCAUCUUUGACCAGUUCGACAACAUGGUGCGUCUGAAGUCACGAGGAGUAGGCGAGUUUGUUGAAGUGACCACCUUGGAUGUUGAGUCUUUGACAAGUGCUCUGAAGAACAUUCUAGACCCAGAAAAGUCAUACAAACAGAAUAUGCUCAAACUGUCACAGCUUCAUCAUGACAAACCAAUUAAACCCUUAGACAGUGCCGUUUUCUGGGUGGAGUACGUCAUGAGGCACAAGGGCGCAGCACAUCUGCGCACUGAGUCCUAUAAGAUGCCAUGGUACACCUAUCAUGGCUUUGAUGUGGCGGCAUUCUUUGUAACACUGGGUUUGAUGAUCAGCACAAUCAUCUGGGUUUCCUGUAGAUGUCUCGUUAGACGUUUGAGAAGGACCAAGAUGUCCACUUCCAAGUCAAAGAAAGAAUAGAUAACCUCAUGAUGAAUCAAGCUGGAGACAGUAAAUAACGUGAGAUAAAACUGUUUUUUCUCUCUUUCUGAUAAUUGAUUAUGCUUAGUUUGUAUGUUGCAAUGCCUUUGAAAAGUCACAAAAAUAUUAAAUGAAGGAUUGGUGCCAGCUUAUUUUUGAAAACAAAGUUUUGGUUCUUUUACAUACAUCGUUACAAAUAAGGACAAAUGGACAACUUUUAUGAAGAUAGAAAGAUAGGAGAAUAUUUAAUAAUUCUUAACAAGUGCACAAUUUGAAUAAUGAUGAAAGCCACUACUGAAUUAUUGUCACAGAAUAGGUAUGAAUGGAUGUAAACCAGAGGGCUGAGAGCACUGUUAAGACCAUAGACUGUAUAAAUAAGAAUACAGUUAAGACACACAAGGUCAUGACUCAUCUGAUGAGCAAUGAAUACUUCAUUAAACCCUUUAUGACACAGCUUCUGUUUGGACAGAGCUCUUGACCAGAGGUUCAGGUUCUUCAAUACAUGAUAGAGAAUGUAACCAACACAGAACAAGAGAAUCAAAAUAAGCAACAACUUAAAUCAUCUCUGUGGUAGCAACCUAUCAAGCUCUGCUCCUAAGCGUACCCUGCAUCAUCGUCUGUUUUACUCUUGAUGGGACAAUAAUUUACACAGUGAACAUCAUGCUGUAUGGAAGAAGGAAUUGAAACUAUGAUUGAGACCAUAAACUCAUUAUAAGAAUGUUUACUGGGGUAAUAAAUCAAGUCAGAAGUAUGGUCAUAUUACUAUGGACUUGCAUACAAACAGUUCUGUUUGUAGCUGAACAGCGGGCAGCUGUAUAGAAUGGUGUGGUUUAGUGGAGGCAAAUAACAAAAAUAUACCCAGGGUAUGUUUAACUUGCUUAAAAGUAAAUGGCCUUAGUGUA